AUGGACGCGCUUGUCGGCAAGUACACGCAUAGCACACAUCAGGACGACUAUGCAGAUGACUCUAGGGCCAAUAUUCAGUUCCUAAAAUAUGACUUGCCUUCGCUCGCUAAUCCUGGCGCAUUUCUAAAGAUGCACACGGACGAUGUGGCUAAUCCAGCGUGUAAGAUCAAGAUUGCGCACGGUACAACGACUCUUGCCUUUCGCUUCAAGGGCGGUGUUGUGGUUUGCACAGAUAGUCGUGCAACAGCCGGCUCAUGGAUCGCAUCGCAGACCGUUAAGAAGGUGAUCGAAAUCAAUCCAUACCUACUCGGUACCAUGGCAGGUGGUGCUGCAGAUUGUCAAUACUGGGAGACCUUCCUCGGGAUUCAAUGUCGCUUGCAUCAGCUCAAAAACAAGGAACUCAUUUCCGUGGCUGCCGCAUCCAAGAUUCUCAGCAACAUUGUCUAUAAUUACAAAGGCAUGGGUCUGUCGAUGGGCACUAUGCUUGCUGGGUGGGAUAAGACUGGACCAGCCUUGUUUUAUGUUGAUUCCGAUGGUACACGCAGCAAGGGCAACUUGUUUUGUGUUGGAUCCGGAGCCACAUUCGCCUAUGGUGUACUGGACGCCACCUACCGGUUUGAUAUGGAAGAUGAAGAAGCCAUUGCACUUGGACGGCGGAGUAUCUUGGCAGCGACGCAUCGUGAUGCAUACUCUGGAGGUUUUCUCAACUGCUAUAUCGUCAAGGAGAAUGGAUGGCAAAAGCUCGGCUUUGACGAUGUCGACGGCAUCUUUUGGGAGACAAAAGUCAGGGAACAGUCUUUUAUGAAUGUACCUGGAGAAAACGAGGUGCCAGCAGAGACGCUGCCUAGUGAUGCUUAG